AUGUUCUCUAAGCGACUGAGUUGCUUUUAUUGCGGACGUCGUUCUGCGCAGGCAGGCAGAGACGUUCGCAAAUGGCAGUGCAAACAUUGCGAAGCGGUGAACCAUCUAGAUGAGAAAGGAGAGAUCACUGAUCCUCCUGCCGCGGAAACCAACCCUGACGUAUACGGCCCCGGAGCGAUGAACGUUCCCCUUGAAUCGGUCGAUCUCACAGGCUCCGGUCUGUUCUGCGCUCAGUGUGUCCGUAAUCAGCAUUUGUUCACGAGCGCCCUUGCUUCUUAUUUUCCACCGCCAGAUGAUCCUGAGUACAACGCGUAUGAACGAGAAUAUCCAACCUUUCGCAGAAACCUGGAAGAGCGAUAUCCUCAAGUAUGUGCCAAAUGCGAGCCUCGGGUGAAGGAGCGAAUUCGCCAGGCAGGAUAUGAGGCCAAGUCGGAUCAUCUUCGACGAAUGAUGGACAGGAGCAAAGCCGGGAGGGCAGCGAGACAAGCACGGCAAUGGAACUGGAGGAAUCUGCUGGUGUCUGCGGGUGCCAUCAGCUACUGGAGCAGUGUUGUCGGCCAACUCGCCUGGAAUACGAUGGGUGCUUUGCAUGUCGAGCCGUCGAUACGCGCCUUCGAUAAUGAUCUUCGGACUUCGUCGGUUGCGUCAUGCUUCUGGACUACAUUACAGGUGCGUCAGCUGCCAGGGUCAUGCUGGAUUGAUCUGUCGCCGUAUGCUGGCUUGGCUUUGGUGGCAGGAAUCCUGUCGCUAUGGUGGAAUCCGAAGUUGCGACUCAAAGUUGAAGGAAGGGGAGGACGCUUCGUCGGGCUGGGCGAGUAUUACCAGGUGCAGCUUAUCGUCAUGGUGGUGCGAUGCGUUUUCUGGGCGAUGCUGAAAGACCCUGCCUCGAGCGGCUUGCAAGACACCUUGCCUCUGACUUUGCAUUUUUUCAUGAUUUUCUUUACGAUCUUGUCUGUCGUUAUUUCCCGGCGCGUUGUCAAGUAUGACACUCGUCCGCUGGUAGCGUGGUCGGACAACACUCCCACAGCGACCCCGAAUAAAAAGGCGCUGGUAUCUCCCGACCAAUCGAGUGUUACCACUCAACGCUUCACUCCUCUUGGAAGUGACCGGCAAGCUACUCCACGUUUUCCUUUGGAAAAGCUCGCUGCACCCCGACUUGCGCCUGAGAAGGAGCCGGCCAUCCCUCCUACACCCCCUCCGGAGGUGGAUGAUAUGGACUGGACUCCGUCUGUACAGCAUGAGAUCAAACCCACGAUGAGUGUCUACCAAAAAGACACAAAAUCUGUACUCGACGGGCCGCUACCUUUCUAUGGUUCGCUCCCGGCGGCUCCAAAACCUCCAUCCUGGGCCCUCCGGACUCAGACUUCGCGCCCGAAGCCGAUUCAACAAGUUGUGGAGCGCAACCCUUUCCAUCGCACGCCUACUCAAUCACCGACUUUCUGGCAACGAAAUACCGCUAGCCGUUCGGAAUCGGUAUUUGCACCCCCGAAAUUCUUCCCCAUGAGUGAUCAUAUUUCUUCCACUGGACUAGAAAGCUUAUUCGACCGAGCAUUCACAAUCAAAUCUCCUGAAGACGAGAACAAUGAGAACUGGCAGCAGCAGCAGCAGCAAGGGCCAGGUACUCAAACUCGCUAUUCUGCAGAUAUGCAGGCGUUUUUGCUGUUCCAGUAUCUUCGGUUAGGCUUGCUGCUAUCAUCUAUUGCUGCCUGGUUCCUGUCCCAGUACAAUUAUCUCUCUAUUCCUGGAAACUAUAUCGAGGUGGCUUCUCUUGGGAGUGCGAGUUUAAUAGCAGGCUUUGCACUAUUGGAUGUUCUCAAGCAGCCAAUCGUCCAAUGGAACGGCAUGGAGAUCCUUAUUUAUUUCGCCGAGCUUGUGGCGGCUGUCCACCUUGGUGGUAACCUUCCACACGUCUCGUUCGAGAGGCACUACUUUGACCGGUACGGGAAAUUGCUAUUGGUCUUUAUGACUGUGCAAGAGGCACUGGGGCUACUAUCUCUGUUCCAGAUUGCAUCAGCAAGUGUUCCCAACUCGCAAGCACAGCAACCGAAUCAGACGGGAUCUCCUAGCAGGCAAACCUCCGGUAGCUCGCCUCUGGAGAGCAAUGUUACACCACGUCUUGCGAAUCAGUCAUUCAACUCUGAGCCCCCUGUUCCGCCUCUUUCUUUCUCAAUGACUGCGGCUGGUUCUAGCUUCACUAUCCCGUCCCCGGAACCGCAGUAUCAGCUGGGGUUCUCAAAUUAUAAUCAGGUUCCGAAUCAAAAUCACAGUUUCACACUAAACAGUCUCAAGGGGAACGAAUCUGAUGUUUCUGAUGCCUUUGAUAGAGAUUCAGACACCGAGACAACUGUGACCACGGCCACAACGGCCACCAGCAAUACUGUCAGAAAUAUCCGCUACGGACGCAAUCCCACUGAUGCGUUCUUCUCUCCCAGGCGGUCCGAGCUCGGACCGGGAAUUGGGGGACUCAGUCUCGAAGACAAGCCCAACCGGCGUGUAACCCGGAGUCAAACGCAAAGACUCACCGGGAACGAGGGACUUCGCAAGUACACAAUGCGCGGGUUGAAAUGA